ACAGGUGAAGAAUGUCGAUCCAUUGUUUUCAAAGAACCAAUACAGGACAAAGUCAUAGAGAGGCACUUAAUCAGACUUGUAAAGGUACCCCACCAAGAGAGCUGCAAUGCGCUGUGCUAUAUGGAGUCCAAUUGUGUGUCCAUAAAUUUGGGGCCCUUGCAAGGGGGGAACUACAUUUGUGAGUUAAACAAUGCAUCGGACGAAAGUCCAGGCUCAUCCAUCCUUCAGAGAAAACAAGAUUAUAGCCAUUUAAGCAUCGAGGUAAAGUGACUUAUUUCAAACGGCGGACGAUUGUUGUAAUUUUGUCGGAUUACUUCUUAAGCUGGCCUUGCAAUCCUUGUAUUAAAUUAAGGUGAUCCAUUAGUAUCGCACGGCCCAUCACGAGAAACCUCAUAGACCCGAUUUCGUAUGAGAUCAAGAGAUUAUUCCAAAGGUUAUAAAUUACAUUGUUAUAUACCUAGACUUUCACUCAACAAAACGAGCACUGUGAUUGGUUGAUUCUUGGUCACGUGCCCCCGAUCACAUUCUACGUAUCCCGACCAGGAUACAAUUGCGCAGUUGCCCGCACGCCGAAUAGAAGAACAUGUUUUUGCCAUAUGAUUAUUUAAGGGAAAGUCUAAAUAUAUAACAAAGCACUUAGUGUAUGGUCACUCGGGAAACUAGUUAGUUUUGUUUUCCUUCGAGUCCUGAUGUUUCCCCCUUCGUCUCGGGAAACAUCAGGCCUCCCAGGAAAACAAAAAUAAAUGUUUCCCUCGGGACCAUACAUUAAGUAUAUAUUGUUCAUACUCUCUACCUAUCGCUCAAGUGUUUCUUUCUAAACGUUCGUUUAAAAACUACCGCAAAAUGUACCGUGAACCGAUAGUGCCAAUACGGAAAUGAAUGAGGUAAGAUUGGCCCAUCACAUCUCUUUGGUGACCUUUCCUUUGCCUGGUAGUUCUCGAAACAGAGGAUGGUAAUGAACACUUAAGGAAAAUUAGGAAUUACCUCAACAAAGUAAAAUACCAAAGCUAAGGUACGCUAGUGGUGUUAUCUGUACAGUGUUAAAAACAGAAAAGAAAGAAUGGCUAAAAAGAAUGGUAGCCAUUCUCAAUAAAUCAACCACUACUUGACCAACAAAAUAUCCAGUAAAUCAAUUCAGAUCGAUUUUCUGGUUUAAUGAUCAACAAGUGUAACUGAUUCUGGUCUUCAUUUGAUCAAAAAGCCUGAAGAAGUUAUCGCUCUAGCAAGACCGUGCUCCUUGAGAAUAAAUAAUAACUAACCAUAGAUAUUUAUAAUACGCAGUCAUUUUGUCUUGAACAGAAUCCAUGCAGCAGCAGUCCCUGUUUCAACAAUGGAACUUGUCAAGCUGGAUACACCGAUAAAGGAUUUCGUUGCAAAUGUCCUUCAGGGUUCACUGGCACAUACUGCGAUAAAAGUAAUUCAAUACAAAACUGUAAAGUUGACUCAAUACCGAAUGUAACCAUAGGGUAUUCUGGGGGAUAAAAUUUUUUUUCUUUCUUUCUUUCUUUUUUUUUUUUUUAAUUGUAGCCUGUAGCUUUGACUUUGAAGAUGGAAUCGGUGGAUGGGAAAGGACAGGCACAGCUUUCAUUUACCAACCAACAUUUGGUGACAACCCAGCAGCACGCAAAAGAGAAAGCGCCCAGCAACAAGGGGACUGGUGGAUAGGGGGGGCUGAGAAUCGACCCAGCGAAAACGAUCCAGCAGGACGGCAGUACUCAAAUGAUCCCGACGCACCCCUAGGAACUCUCAUUUCUCCUUGUUUCCGUAUCGUUGGCAGAGAUAUCUCUUUUCUUAUUGGUGGAGGAUGUACCAUAAAUGAUAUUCGUGCGGAGCUUAUUGUCGACAACCAGGUGAGAUUAUUUACUUUGACCUUCAUCUUUCAUUUGAUUCUUUAGAAACAGCUUGAGUAGAUUUAUCAAAGUAUCAGAGAUUUGGUAUUUCAAAAUUGCGAAACCAUUUUGAUUUCGUGAUGUCCAUGAGAUUCGUUUAGGUUUACAAUGAGCUAUUUACAAGAAAAAAAAUUUAAGUAAGAAAAUGAAAAGCCAAACGUUUUCGACAUUAGAUCAUCAUCAAGAUAGAUGCUGGUGUCCCUGAAAAUGAUAAUGUCGAAAACGUUCGGUUUUUACUUUUCAAAUACAUUUUUGCCCUAUAAAUAGCUGAUUUUGAGUUUCCUCGAGAGAACUUCCACGAAGGAAACAACCUUGUCUUUGGUUUACACAACAUUGAAACGACUUUAUUUUUUCCGAAGUGCAGAACAUUGCAAUCAUCGUAUUCAAUGCCGUAAUGUCUUUAUUUCAAUAGAAAGAGGUUGCUCGUCAUUUGAAUUAAAGUAUGAUACAGUCAUGAUAGAUAUGUCAGCAUUCAUCAAAACCAGGGUUUAAAACUGUUUGAUAUGUUUGUUAUUACAUGUAGGUUGUCAGGAAUGAGACGGGCAACUGUAGAGAGACAAUGUACCGUAAGAGCUGGGAUGUAAAAGAAUUCAUUGGUCAAUACGCCCAAGUCAGACUAGUUGAUGAGAGGGAUUGUUGUUGGGGUCACAUUAAUUUUGAUGACCUUAAAGGAGAUAUCAUUUGUCCUCACUAUUUAGAUAAAGACAACUGA